AGUUCCCCCUGACUGUGCGCCCCCGCGCCUGGGCUCCUUCGCAGAGGACUCGGUAGCUGCAGCUCCCGGAGCACAGCGGGCAGAGCUGUGGGCUGCACGCGCCCCUGCUGCCCCGGGCCUGCCGCGGUGGCUCCCGCGCCCCGCGGCGACUUCCGCGCCCGCGCUUCCCUUUGUUCAAGUCCCGGAGCCGCAGCGGGGUCGGAGCCCGCGCCCUGGGCGACUGAGGCGGCCGCAGUCCGCGCCCCGGCGCCCUGGCGAUGCUGGACCAGAUCUCUGUGUCUGAAUUCGUGGCCGAGACCCUUGAGGACUACAAGGCGCCCACGGCCUCUAGUUUCACCACGCGCUCGGCCCAGUGCCGGGACACCGCGGCGGCCAUCGAGGAGGAUGCAGUAACUUAUGAUGAUGUGCAUGUGAACUUCACUGGGGAAGAGUGGAAUUUGCUGGAUCCUUCCCAGAAGAGUCUCUACAGAGAUGUGAUGCUGGAGACCUACUGGAACCUCACUGUUAUAGGCUACACUUGGGAAAACCAUCAUAUUGAAAGACAUUGUCAAAGUUCAAGAAGAAAUGAAAGGUAUGUAAGUAAUCAUAGUGGCCAGAAACUCUAUGAAUGUAAUGAACAUUCUAAAGCCUUUUCAUGUCCCAGUCAUCUCCAAUGUCAUAAAAGAAGACAAAUUGGAGAGAAGACACAUGAACAUAACGAAUGUGGUAAAGCCUUUCCAACACCCAGUCAUCUUCAAUAUCAUGAAAGAACCCAUACUGGAGAGAAACCUUAUGAAUGUCAUCAAUGUGGUCAAGGCUUUAAAAAAUGCAAUCAUCUCCAACGUCAUAAAAGAACACAUACUGGAGAGAAACCCUAUGAAUGUAAUCAGUGUGGUAAAGCCUUUCCAACACCCAGUCAUCUUCAAUAUCAUAAAAGAACACAUACUGGAGAGAAACCCUAUGAAUGUAAUCAGUGUGGUAAAGCCUUUGCAAGACCCAGUCAUCUCCAAUGUCAUAAGAGAACACAUACUGGAGUAAAACCCUAUGAAUGUAAUCAAUGUGGUAAAGCUUUUGCAAGUCACAGUGGUCUCCAAUAUCAUAAAAGAACACAUACGGGAGAGAAACCCUAUGAAUGUAAUCAGUGUGGUAAAGCCUUUGCAAGACCCAGUCAUCUCCAACAUCAUAAAAGAACACAUACUGGAGAGAAACCCUAUGAAUGUAAUCAAUGUGGUAAAGCCUUUGCAGGUCACAGUAAUCUCCAAUGUCAUAAAAGAACACAUACUGGAGAGAAACCCUAUGAAUGUAAUCAAUGUGGUAAAGUCUUUUCACAACACGGUCAUCUCCAAUGUCAUAAAAGAACACAUACUGGAGAGAAAUCCUAUGAAUGUAAUCAGUGUGGUAAAGCCUUUGCAUGUCACAGUUAUCUCCAAUGUCAUAAAAGAACACAUACUGGAGAGAAACCCUAUGAAUGUAAUCAAUGUGGUAAAGUCUUUUCACAUCACAGUAAUCUCCAACAUCAUAAAAGAACACAUACGGGAGAGAAACCCUAUGGAUGUAAUCAAUGCGGUAAAGCCUUUGCACAACUCAGUAGUUUCCAAUGUCAUAAAAGAACACAUACUGGAGAGAAACCCUAUGAAUGUAAUCAUUGUGGUAAAGCCUUUGCACGUCACAGUUAUCUCCAAUGUCAUAAAAGAACACAUACUGGAGAGAAACCCUAUGAAUGUAAUCAAUGUGGUAAAGUCUUUUCACAACACAGUCAUCUCCAAUGUCAUAAAAGAACACAUACUGGAGAGAAACUCUAUGAAUGUAAUCAAUGUGGUAAAGCCUUUGCACUACUCUCUACUUUCCAAUGUCAUAAAGGAACACAUACUGGAGAGAAACCCUAUGAAUGUAUUCAGUGUGGUAAAGCCUUUGCAAGACUCAGUCUUCUCCAAUUUCAUAAAAGAACACAUACUGGAGAGAAACCCUAUGAAUGUAUUCAGUGUGGUAAAGCCUUUGCAAGACCCAGUCUUCUCCAAUUUCAUAAAAGAACACAUACUGGAGAGAAACCGUAUGAAUGUAAUCAGUGUGGUAAAGCCUUUGCACGUCACAGUUAUCUCCAAUUUCAUAAAAGAACACAUACUGGAGAGAAACCCUAUGAAUGUAAUCAAUGUGGUAAAGCCUUUGCAAGACCCAGUCAUCUCCAACAUCAUAAAAGAACACAUACUGGAGAGAAACCCUAUGAAUGUAAUCAAUGUGGUAAAGCCUUUGCAGGUCACAGUAAUCUCCAACGUCAUAAAAGAACACAUACUGGAGAGAAACCCUAUGAAUGUAAUCAAUGUGGUAAAGUCUUUUCACAACACAGUCAUCUCCAACAUCAUAAAAGAACACAUACGGGAGAGAAACCCUAUGAAUGUAAUCAAUGCGGUAAAGCCUUUGCACAACUCAGAAGUUUCCAACGUCAUAAAAGAAUACAUACUGGAGAGAAACCCUAUGAAUGUAAUCAGUGUUGUAAAGCCUUUACAUGUCACAGUUAUCUCCAAUGUCAUAAAAGAACACAUACUGGAGAGAAACCCUAUGAAUGUAAUCAAUGUGCUGAAGUCUUUUCACAACACAGUCAUCUCCAAUGUCAUAAAAGAACACAUACUUUUUCGAUAUAGCUGUCUCCUGUGAGGCUAUUCCAGUGCUGAGCAAAUACAUAAGUGGAUGCUCAGAGUCAUCUAUUGAAUGGAACACAGGGCUCUCAAUGGAGGAGCCUGAGAAAGUACCCAAGGAGCUGAAGGGGUCUGCAACCCUAUAGGUGGAACAACAAUAUAAACUAACCAGUAACCCCCAGAGCUCAUGUCUCUAGCUGCAUAUCUAGCAGAAAAUGGCCUAGUCUGCCAUCAUUGGGCAGAGAAUCCCUUGGCCUCGCAAACUUUCUAAGCCCCAGUACAGGGGAACUCCAAGGCCCAGAAGUGGGAGUGGGUAGGUAGGGGAGCAGUGUGGGGGGAGUGUAUAGGGGAACUGUCGGGAUAGCUUUUUAAAUGUAAAUGAAGAAAAUAUCUAAUAAAAAUUGAAAUAUAAAAAAA